UCCCUGAUUCUGAGCUCUGUUCCAUUAAUUUCACACAUAGAAGCAAAAGGGGCUUCAUAAUGGCCUCUUUGCGCAUCAUGUUUGGGCUUCUUCUUGCCUUUGGAUUGGUGGGGAAAAGUACAUCUUCCUUCUACGAUGGAGUUGAGGAGCUGGAUAAUGAUGUAAUUCUCAGUUCUGCUAAAGAAGCAAGAAAACUAGUGGAUGCUGCGUAUAAACACACCCGAGAAACCCUCAAGCAGCGCCUGAAAGCAAAGAAUGUGAAUGCUGCUGAUGUUAUGUCAUUCUUCAAGCAGCCGGUAGCGGCCAGCAGAACUUACAUCAGGGCUGCAGAUUAUAUGGGCACCACUCUCCAGCUCCUAAAUGAAAAGGUGAAGAACAUUUACAGCAGCAGCAGACCAUUCAAUAUCACAGACAUACUGACAGAGAAUCAGCUGGACACAAUAUACAAGGUUUCUGGGUGUGCCUUCUUGUAUCUCCCAAAGACUUGUCAAAACAGUCCUUAUCGUACGUUCACCGGGGAGUGUAACAACAGGCGAUUUCCCAGGUUUGGUGUGUCUAAUGGGCCCUAUACUCGCUUGUUACCAGCACAGUAUGAGGAUAGAGUUGGUCUCCCUCAAGGCUGGACAGAAAAUAAAAAGAUCAAUGGCUUCAUUUUGCCUCUGGCACGAGCUGUAUCCAAUGAAAUUGUCCAGUUUCCCACUGCAAACCAAACUCUGGACAGGCAGCGAUCACUUAUGUUCAUGCAGUGGGGACAGUGGAUCGAUCAUGACUUAGAUCUCGCCCCCGAAACCCCAGCAAGAUCAUCCUUCCUGCAGGGUAUAGACUGUGAUAAAAGCUGUGCCCGGGAAGCCCCCUGUUUCCCGCUUCGGAUUCCACCAAAUGAUCCUCGGAUAAAAAAUCAGAGGGACUGUAUCCCAUUCUUCCGCUCCUCUCCAGUCUGUGUCCCUAAAACUCCUGUACGUGAGCAGAUGAAUAUCCUGACUUCGUACAUUGAUGCCAGCCAGGUGUAUGGUAGCAGUAACGAAUUAGCCAGAAUGCUCCGCAAUAACAGCAACCAGCUAGGCCUGAUGGCCACCAAUACCAGGUUCACAGACAAUGGACUGGCCUACUUGCCAUUUAGCACAGCCUCUGAGGACUUCUGUGAAUUGACAAACAAAACAUCUGGGCUACCUUGCUUCUUGGCUGGAGAUGGACGUGUCAGUGAGCAGCCUGGUCUGACUGCAUUUCACACUAUUUUUGUGCGUGAACACAACCGCAUUGCUACCGAGCUGCGCAGGUUAAACCCUCGGUGGUCUGGUGAAGUAUUGUUCCAAGAGACCAGAAAAAUUAUUGGAGCCAUCACUCAGAAAAUAAAUUACAAGGACUGGUUGCCCCUACUGUUGGGCAGUGAAAUGUCUCGUGUGGUUCCCCGGUACACCCGGUAUAAUGAAACAGUCAACCCAGGAGCAUCAAAUGUAUUCAGCCUGGUAUUUCGUAUGGGCCAUACGAUGAUUCAGCCCUUCAUUUACCGACUGGAAGAUCGUUACAGGACAUCACCGAGGCUGCCUCCAGUGCCCCUGCACCUUACGUUUUUUAACACCUGGAGAGUUGUUAGAGAAGGUGGAGUUGAUCCUCUUCUUCGUGGACUUAUGGCAAACAAUGCCAAACUGAACCGCCAGAAUCAGAUUUUGGUAGACGAGCUAAGGGAUCGUCUUUUUCAGCUCUUCAAACGUAUUGGCCUUGAUUUGGGAGCCCUGAAUAUGCAGCGUAGUCGUGAUCAUGGAUUACCAGGUUACAACGCAUGGAGGAAAUUUUGUAGACUUUCUCAACCAGAAUCUGUGAAUGAACUGGCUGCAGUGUUGUCCAACAAACCACUUGCUCAAAAAUUAAUAUCACUCUAUGGUACACCCAAGAAUAUUGACAUUUGGUUGGGAAGCGUUGUUGAGCCACUGAUCUCUUAUGGUAGAGUGGGUAAACUACUGGCCUGUUUGAUUGGAGAUCAGUUCCGAAGAACCCGUGAUGGAGACAGAUUUUAUUAUGAAAAACAAGGAGAAUUCACUGUGGCCCAGCUGAAUACAAUAGAAAGAGUUACUUUUUCAAGGAUAAUCUGUGAUAAUACAAAGAUCACUGAGGUCCCACGAAACGUCUUCAUGGCGAACCAGUACCCGCGUGAUUUUGUAAAAUGCUCUAUCAUCAAAGCUUUGGACUUAUCUCCUUGGAGGAGGAGGAAAAGCGGAGCAGAAUUUGAUGAUCCAGCUGAAUAAACACAACAGGACCAAAAGAAAAUGUAUAUGAUAUUUGCCAAGUGCACAGUAUAAUAUAUAUGUACAUCGUAUCAGUAUACAGGAACAUUUAACAAUGUAUUGAAGAGACUCUAAUAAUACAGUAGUAGUUCCUAUGAUUAUUACUUCUGUAAUAAUGCGCUAAUUUUCUUUAAAUUAAAUUAAAACAAAGAAUAAAGAGAAAAUGUAUAAUUAUUAUAUGGUUACAUUCAUCCAUAAGAUCUUCUUUUGCUUCUCUAACUCAUCAAAAAUACUAUGUAUUCCUCAAACUGUAUAAUACCGCUGCAUGAUAUUUUUCAUUUACAUGAUGAACAAAGUAUUAUUAAUAAAAACUAUAUUCCAGAUUA